UGCCAACAAUUUGUCAUUUUCAUUCACCUAAUCAGCAUUUUUUUUUUAUCAGGAAGUCACUCUCGGUUUGAAUCAUACUGUUGUUUUAUCUUAUCGAAGACUAAGUAAAAGAAACCCUGAGUGAUUCAUAAAAUGUUAAACUUGCAAUUUGCAUCAAGAAUGAAAGUUCUAUAAACUCACCUCAUUGUAAGAGGAACCCAACUCUGGUUCUGGUACUCAAAAUGCCGACAAUCUUGCUCCACUUGAUCCUUUGGCUUUUGACUGCAAGAAAUCUGGACGCAUGCCUUGGAUCGGAGAGGCAAGCACUACUGAACUUCAAAGCUGGCCUCAAUGAUCCCAGCGAUCGGUUGUCUUCCUGGAAAGGCAAAGAUUGCUGCAGGUGGAAAGGCGUCGAAUGCAACAACGGGACAAGCGGCGUCCUCAAGCUCAAACUCCGAAAUCCCUGCGACUACUACAUGGAUCCAAACUACUACACGUGCAGCUUGAGCGGUGAGCUGCGUCCAUCUCUUGUAUCUUUAAGUGAAUUGGCAUAUCUAGACCUCAGCAUCAAUGAUUUCGGCGGAAUUCGGAUACCAACCUUCAUAGGUUCGCUCAAGAAACUGAAAUAUCUUAACCUUUCCUUGGCUGGUUUUGCUGGAGAGGUACCUCCCAAUCUAGGAAACCUCUCAAGACUUCGUUAUCUUGAUCUCAGUAAUACAUUUUCCUUAGUUUCUGGCAAUCUUUGGUGGCUUACUCGACUGCCGUUUUUGAAGUACUUAGACUUUAGUACUGUAAACCUCACUGCAGCCUCAGAUUGGUUAGAUGUUGUGAAUAUGAUGUCUCCUUCCUUGUCUGUCCUACAUCUGAGUUCAUGUAGUCUUUCAAGUAUUCCGACUUCAUUUUCCAUCGUAAACUUCACGAGUCUCACCACCCUCAAUCUUCUAGACAACAGUUUCAACUCGACCUUACCCAACUGGCUCUGGAAGCUCAACAGUCUCACUUAUCUGGAUCUCGGAGCUUCCAUGUUUCAUGGUCCUCUACCCUAUGCACUUGGGAACUUGACUUCUCUUAAUGUCCUCAGAUUAGGUCAAAAUAAUCUGGAAGGUAACAUUCCAGGAUCGAUUCGAAACCUUUGCAGAUUGACUUGUCUAGAUUUGUCACAGAACAAUUUUACCGGCAAUAUAACCGAUCCAUUGCCUCAUUGCAUAUGGAACGACAUAAAAGAACUGAGUCUAGGGGAUAACAAGUUUUAUGGAAACCUGUCCAACUGGCUCAAGCAUAUGACCAGCCUAACAUUUUUAGAUCUAGGUAAGAACCAACUUGAUGGUCCUAUACCUACAGGACUAGGAAAGCUUAGCGAACUAACUUACCUGGAUCUUUCAUAUAACUCGUUUGCGGGUGUCAUCACCGAAGUUCACUUCCAUAAUUUAACAAAGCUGUCCUUGCUAAUCUUGUCGCUGAAUCCCCUAACUGUGUUGUUAAAUCAAAGCUGGAUUCCUCCUUUCCAACUCCAAAUUAUCGGGUUUCGUGAUUGUCGUCUGGGUCCCCGUUUCCCUCCUUGGCUUAGAUGGCAAACACAUAUAAUGACCCUUGAUUUAUCCAACACGAGCAUUGCAGACAGAGUGCCUGAUUGGUUUUGGAACAUAACUUCUUCUAGACUCUCUGUUCUAGACAUGUCAAACAAUCAACUUUCCGGCGUGCUGCCAUCAAACAUGGAGUUUAUGGCACAGCUAUCCGUGUUCGAGUUGAGUUCAAAUCAACUUGAGGGAUCGAUUCCAUCACUGCCGAAUAGCCUUACCACAUUAGAUGUCUCAAAAAAUUCAUUUUCAGGACCUUUACCUUCAAACUUCAUGACUCCAAAUUUGUAUGCCUUGUUGAUCUCGCAAAAUCAAAUAAAUGGAAGCAUUCCCCCCUCUGUAUGUCAGCUGCAAUCUUUAAGUCUCCUGGAUAUGUCAAACAACUAUCUAACAGGUGAACUUCCUAACUGUUGGAUGGAGUACUCACAGUUAAGUUUGAUCGAUUUGUCUGAUAACAACCUUUCUGGAGAAAUUCCUGGCUCGGUUGCUAAUCUUUCUAGACUUGUAUCACUGAACCUGGACAACAACAGCUUUGGCGGAGAACUUCCUUCAUCAAUGCAACAGUGCACCAGACUGACCUUUCUCGAUCUUGGCCAGAACAAGUUCUCCGGGAUAAUACCAACAUGGAUCGGAGAGAGUCUACUAAACCUGGUAGUUCUGCAGCUGAGGUCAAACAUGUUCUUCAGUGAUAUUCCUCCCCAACUCGCAUGGCUUCAUGGCCUUCAAGUCUUGGAUCUUGCCGGUAACAAUCUAUCUGGAUCAAUUCCUCAAAGUUUUGGCAAUUUCAGUGCAAUGGCUUCACGCUCGCCAACAAAAUUACCGAAUUUUCAAUAUUGGACAUUCGGGCUCUACGGCGACUACUAUUACAAUGAGAGGUUGCAUGUCAUGAUGAAAGGACAAGACGAAGAGUAUACAAAGAUACUGUCUUUUCUGAAGAUUAUAGACCUUUCAGACAACUAUCUAACUGGGCAAAUCCCCCAAGAGAUUGGUCAGCUUGUGGCACUGAAGAAUUUGAAUUUGUCGAGAAAUCUUCUGUCAGGAAAGAUUCCUGAGAUGGUCAGCAGAAUUCCAGAGUUAGAGUCUCUAGAUCUUUCAUUCAAUGAACUUUCGGGCAGCAUUCCUCGAGGCAUAUCAACAGUGACUUUCCUGAGCCACUUGAACUUGUCUUACAAUAAUCUGUCAGGAAGAAUUCCCUUGGGAAAUCAGCUCCAAACACUAAAUGAUCCCUCCAUCUACAUUGGCAAUGCCAAUCUUUGCGGGCCUCCACUUACAAAUAGUUGCUCCAGCAGCGAACCAGUUCCUCGGGAGGAUUUGCGGCAUGAAGACAAUGCUGAGAGGAAAUGGCUAUAUCUUAGCAUGUCAUUGGGAUUCAUCACUGGACUUUGGGGUUUGUUUAUCGCCCUGUUGUUGAAUAGCAGUUGGAGAAGAUCAUACUUCCUCGUGUUGGACAACUUGUUUAACCAACUGUAUGUUGCAUCAGCCAUAUUCAUGGCUAGGCUAAGUAGGAAGCAUGCUGAUAGUAGAAGGAACCAUCGAUACAGAGGUGGUAUGUAGCGUUCAUCAUUUCAGGUGUCAUCUGUUUUUGCUUUGAACAAAAACCAUGUAUUAGGUAUGACAUAAAGAUCGAAAAACCUAAACAUAAUGUUUAUCUAGACUUAAAUUCUAUUUUUCAGCAUGUUUUCUGGUACUGUCAAUAGGAACUACAGCAUAAAUUUCAA